ACUUAAUUAAAUUUUGUAUGGGAGUAUGGGACUCUAAUCUAUCUCUCACUCUCCCAUACCAAACUUGAUCACGCAGAUUAUGCUUCGAAUUUCUUUGUUCCCUUCUCCCUCUCAUCUCCCUGUUCUUCUUCCGAAAUUACAGAGCGCAGUUCUCCUUCUUCGCUCACCAAUCUCGGGCUCCACUCAACGUCGUUCACAGAUAGCAUCUUAUACGACGACGUCUUCUGCUAUGGGAUCCCAGAACAAACUCCUCUUCCGUCAGCUCUUCGAGAAGGAGUCAUCUACCUACACUUACCUUCUUGCUGAUGUUCUCCACCCUGAAAAGCCUGCAGUGUUGAUUGAUCCAGUCGACAAAACAAUGGAUCGGGAUCUUUCACUUGUCAAAGAAUUAGGAUUGAAGCUUAUUUAUGCUCUAAACACGCAUGUACAUGCUGAUCACGUAACUGGCACUGGUUUGAUCAAGUGUAAGGAUCCUAGUGUAAAAUCUAUCAUCUCCAAAGCAAGCAAUGCAAGUGCUGAUCUUUUCGUUGAACCUGGGGACAAAAUCCAUUUUGGUGAUCUUUUUUUGGAGGUACGUGCCACCCCAGGGCACACAUUAGGUUGUGUCACCUAUGUUACAGGAGAUGGCUCCAACCAACCCUACCCCCGAAUGGCCUUCACUGGUGAUACCCUACUGAUCCGUGGAUGUGGAAGGACAGAUUUUCAGGGUGGAAGCUCAGAGCAGCUGUAUAACUCGGUACACACACAGAUAUUUACAUUGCCAAAAGACACUUUAGUGUAUCCAGCUCAUGACUACAAGGGAUUCACUGUCAGUACAGUCGGAGAAGAAAUACUAUAUAACCCACGCCUGUCAAAAGAUAAGGAGACAUUCAAAGACAUUAUGGCAGGUUUGAAGUUGUCGUACCCAAAAAUGAUGGAUGUUGCUGUUCCUGCUAACAUGGCCUGUGGGUUGCAAGAGACCAAACUAUAAGUGUGCAUUCAUGUCACACAUCAUCAUAACCCCGGGGCUGUGUUUAUUAUAGAGGCUAUUGCACUAUUAAGGAAGCCGAAGUAGUGAAAUGAACCGGAUUGGCGGUUAAAGGCUGUAACUGUAUGAACGAGCCAUGGUUUUUUUAAGAAGGUUGAUAUCCUGCAUUCAGAUGCCACGGAAGGAUCUACUCUCGAGCAGUUACUAGGCUGAAAUACGAGCUGGCACCAAUAACAUGAUUUUUUAUUAUUGAAAAGUACAAUUAUAAGUUAUUUCAUAUUAUCGUAUAUAUUUUUAUUCUAUUAAUAAAAUUUACCUUAAAUAUAUUAAUUUACUACGUAUUACUUAACAGAUUGGAUUGUCUUAAAUAGUACGUAGUUCACAAUCUUAUAUUUUCCGUAUAAUUUAGCAUUUAUAUUAUACUCCCUC